CCUUCAGGCGCCCGCCCCAGCUGCAGCCCGCCGGCUCGCCGGUGCAGCCGCGAUGCCCCGGAGCCCGACCCCGGCCCGGGUGCCCGGCCCACCGCGUUAUUAGCCUCCGUGCGCCCCGAGCGCGCCGCCGCCGACGCAGCGCCCCGACGCAGCGAUGGGCAACACGGUGCACCGGACCCUGCCAGCUCUAGGAGCCAGGACAGCACGGUUCAAGGAGAGUCUCCUCCUUCUCCAGCAUCGCUUUGACCCUGAGAAGCAGGACCAGUGGAUCUACUGUUCCACAAAGUCAGGAUGGGGCCCUACAGACCCGAGCCCGCCGGCACGCCUCCUGGCCACCCGCCCAUGCUGUGGCCCAGGGCCGGAACGGCGCCCGGUCCUAGGCGAAGCGCCCCGCUUCCACGCGCAGGCCAAGGGCAAGAACGUGCGACUAGAUGGCCACUCGCGGCGGGCCACCCGGCGUAACAGCUUCUGCAACGGCGUCACGUUCACGCAGCGGCCCAUCCGACUGUACGAGCAGGUGCGGCUGCGCCUGGUGGCAGUACGCCCGGGUUGGAGCGGUGCACUGCGCUUUGGCUUCACGGCGCACGACCCGUCGCUCAUGAGCGCCCAGGACAUCCCCAAGUACGCCUGCCCCGACCUUGUCACGCGACCUGGCUACUGGGCCAAGGCGCUGCCCGAGAACCUGGCGCUGCGUGACACCGUGCUGGCCUACUGGGCAGACCGUCACGGCCGCGUGUUCUACAGCGUCAACGACGGCGAGCCGGUGCUCUUCCACUGUGGCGUGGCCGUGGGCGGCCCGCUCUGGGCGCUCAUCGACGUCUAUGGCAUCACGGAUGAGGUGCAGCUCCUCGAGAGCGCGUUCGCCGACACGCUGACGCCCGCGCGCCUCAGCCAGGCCCGCUUCAGCGCCUGCCUGCCGCCCAGCAGCCACGACGCCGCCAACUUCGACAACAACGAGCUCGAGAACAACCAAGUGGUGGCCAAGCUGGGCCACCUGGCGCUGGGCCGCGCCCCGGGCCCGCCGCCCGCCGACGCCUCGGCCGCCGCCAUCCCGUGCGGGCCCCGCGAGCGCCCGCGGCCCGCGUCGUCGCCGGCGCUGCUCGAGGCCGACCUGCGCUUCCACGCGACGCGCGGACCCGACGUGAGCCUGUCCGCCGACCGCAAAGUGGCCUGCGCCCCGCGGCCCGACGGCGGCCGCACGCUCGUCUUCUCCGAGCGCCCGCUGCGACCCGGCGAGAGCCUCUUCGUGGAGGUGGGCCGCCCGGGGCUGGCGGCGCCCGGCGCGGUAGCCUUCGGCAUCACGUCGUGCGACCCGGGCGGGCUCCGGCCCGCCGAGCUGCCGGCCGACCCCGACGCGCUGCUCGACCGAAAGGAGUACUGGGUCGUGGCGCGCGCCGGGCCCGUACCGAACGGCGGCGACGCGCUCAGCUUCACGCUGCGGCCCGGCGGCGACGUGCUCCUGGGCGUCAACGGGCGCCCGCGCGGCCGCCUGCUGUGCGUCGACACCACGCAGGCGCUCUGGGCCUUCUUCGCCGUGCGCGGCGGCGCCGCGGGCCAGCUGCGCCUCCUCGGCACCCUGCAGUCCAGCCCUGCGACCACGUCUCCAUCAGGGUCCCUCAGCGGCUCCCAGGAUGAUAGUGAUUCUGAUAUGGCCUUCAGUGUCAACCAGUCCUCCUCAGCAUCUGAGUCAUCCCUGGUGACGGCACCCAGCUCCCCGCUGAGCCCCCCAGUGUCUCCCAUGUUCUCCCCACCAGAGCCGGCAGGCAGCAAGAAUGGCGAAUGCACAGUGUGCUUUGACGGUGAAGUGGACACAGUCAUCUACACAUGUGGACAUAUGUGCCUAUGCCACAGCUGCGGCCUGCGGCUCAAGAGGCAGGCCCGGGCCUGCUGUCCCAUCUGCCGGAGGCCCAUCAAGGAUGUCAUUAAGAUCUACAGGCCGUAGCCUGGCCUGCCAGUGGGCCUUGGCCAGAGCAAGGUCACCUUUCUGAAGGCCCCUGGGCCAGGCAACCACCAUGGCCGCCAAGGAAUCCAAGGGCAGUGGCCAUCCCGUCUGCCACUCUCCAAUAGUGGGCAAGGCGUGACAGUCAUGGAGAUGAGGCCCUGGGGGUCUGAGCCCAGGCAAGGGCUGCUUCUGGCUCAAAAGUGCUUUGCCCCCAAAAAGGCCGUCCCAAGAGCAAGCUCAGGAACUGCCUAGCAGACCACCCUGUCCCUCGGUGACCUCUCAGCUGGGAAGCAGCAUUCUCUGUGCAAUGCUUUUUGCUGGGGUUGGGCUGAGUGUGUGUGAGAGAGGGUGAGGGGAGGGAAUGGACAGAGAAGAGAGGGAAUGUGUGAGAGAAUGAGUGAGAGAGAACGCGUAGGUAUUUAUCCAGGGAUCCUGGCUCUAGGAGGUUAUUUAACACUAAGGAAUGUGCAAUCCAGAGCCCAGACGGUAGCGUGACUAGAAAUUGUUCACUUUCUGGGGCUGUCACGGCAGCUGGUUUUGAAUGUAUGAAGCCUGCACCUAAACAGAACCCCCUUGGGUGGUAUAGAAAAGGGACACUCGGAUUUUCUAAAGGAAGGCAAAAAUAGCUCAUUGUUUACAGCUCCAAAGCAGCAACGCCUUGGGGGGGAAGGUGGGUGGAGAACAUAAAAGAACAAUUUGCUUUUUUAGUUUCUUCCUCGGUCCUGGAGGGGAGUUUUGAUGGGUGCUAUGGCCCGCCGAGAGCUCUGGGUGGUGUCAUCCCCAGAAGCCUUUUCACCCUCUUCACCCCCUUCACCCCCUUCAGCCCCGGACAGCCUAAUAAGAAGCACAGUGCACCUCGACUUGGUCCCUAGAUGCUUUUCACCUGGUCCACCCCUUGCUGUCACCGAGGAGAAGACAAGCAGCAGGUUCUCUUUGCCGGGGGGAGGGAAAGAAUCCUGGAGGCAGAGGACUCACCUGGAAUUGGAAAGGCCACUCCAUCUCCCAGACAGCUCUCCACAUUUCCUGCUGUGACUCCCCCCGGGCCUGGCAUUCACCAGCAGCUGUUGGCAUCACCAGGGCAACCUGCUGGUGAAGUGGGAGGAGGAAAAGGCUUGCAACCAGUUCUGACUCUCAGCUUCUCUUUUGCUGCUGAUUACUAAGAUGUUAAUUGACCAUUAAGAUGUUAACUAAUAGCUUAGAUAUUGAACUGCUGACAUCGAGACUCUUCCCCCUUCCCAGGACUCUCUGCAGGCAUUUCCCCUGUCCCCCACCCCCCUCACCCUGCCUAGGCCCAUCUCUGCAGACUCCCAGACCAUCUCUGGGCUGAUGGGCCGGCCCGGGGCCUCUCUUCCCUUUUUGUCCCCAGUUCUGGGCCCAACCUCUGCCCGGUCUUGUGCUGUAUCUUUCAGGAAGCCCCUGGGCGUCUCUGAUUCUCAGUUACCGAUCCGUCCAAGAUGAAGCCCAGUACCUGCCCACUGCAGAACCUCUGGGAGGCCCCGUAUAACAUGUAAAAAAGUCCAAGACACCCUGCAAAGAAUGGGUAUCAUUUUUUAUCACAAUUCCUAAUCUGUUCAUCUGCUGAACAGAUGACGGCUGGGAAAGAACACCCAGAGAGUUUUUGCAUUCAUACGACACAUGUUUGCUGGGGCUCUGGGGACCCAGAGCCCACCCCAGUUGGGCCCUUGUCAAAUCAAAUCCUAUAAGCCCAGGUGGUCUUCGUGAUGCUCUAGGUCUUGGGCCCCCUGCUUCUCUGCCCGGAAGUGGUCAUCGUGUUCUGAGCUGAUCUCAACUUCAGAACGCCCACUCUUAACUCCUGCAAGAACCCCUAAUUGGUUAUUUUCCCCCUAGUGAGUCUGGGAAACAUGCCCACAUUUUACUUUUGUGAUGAAAGUUUUGGGGGAGCUACUGGAACCCCAGAGUUUGCCAGUAUAAGAGCUGGGGAGGCUAGGCAGCACUCCAUGCCCAGCUGAAUUUGGCCUGCAGGAGCCUUCCAUUUCCCCCAUGGGUGAUGUGGGCACAGGCCAUGUGGGAGGGGACCCAUGACCUCCCCUACGGGACUGGUACUCCAGGCAGCAAUGCCCCUGACUGGAUUGAGCCAUUCACAAGCUCUGGUGGUCUCAGAAGCCAGCAGGAGGCAGCUUGUCUUUCCUGCCACUUGCCUUUCCUGACCAUCUCCCCUGGGUUCCAGCCAGGGUCAUGUACAGCCACCGUCAGGAAACCAGUGACCGAGGGCCUGGACCUGAGGUGGAGCAGGCCAUGCUCCUGGUGACCUGUUACCUGGAACGAAGGGAGAGCUAGUGGCCUGUUUAACUUGCUCUGCAGCUGCUAUAAAUAGACUCCCUGUUUCCAAGAGGAAUUAAGGGGGUGUUUAUCUUCUAAAAACCAGACAUUUCCUGAUGCUCUAAACUGUUUUAUUCAGUGCUAUAAAGGAACUAGCUGCUCACAUGGCCCUCACAUGGCAGAAGAAAGAGGAAAGGGAACCCCACUUUUUUCUUUCACAUCGUUACGUGCCUUGGCAUUGGGCUAGCGAGGCAUCUUCAUGCGUUAAUUCUGUGAGGCAGGUCUUGUUACCCCAUUGAGGCGUAUCGAAAACACCACUGAUUAUAAAAUACACCAUUUUAUGUACUGCUAAGGGGAAAAAAAAGGCUGCCAAUUCUAACUGCAAGAUGUCACAGCUAUACAAUUCAUUCUAAUCAGAGACUUGAAAUGUGGAAAAACUGUGCAGCUUAGGACUGAUGAAACGCAGGGUUGUGCCCACCUGAUGGAUAAGGGAGCCAAGGCCCUAUGAAUGAAGUGACUUGGGAUCAAACUCACUAGGUGGCGGGGCUGGGACUCAAACAUAGGAGUAUCUGGUGCUGACUCCCACACUCUCCACUGCCUGGCCCCAGCCCCCCUAAGCUUGAGACUGCCUUGAGUUUUCUUUUUUGAAACUUCUCUGGGCAGUUCCUGGGGAGAGCCUGGGCACCCGCACCUGUAUGGAGAGUUCCAGCUCUAGGCUGUGGUUGCUCUGCCACCCAUACUCUGGAAGGACACGUGUCCCUCCUUUCAGGCUCACCUUCCCACUGCCCACCUUUUCCUGGCAGAGCUGAGCUCCGUGAGGUCCCGGGUCCAACCUGAAGGCCUCCUUUUGUUACACAGGAGCACACACAUGAGGCAGCUUGGGAGAGCAAAUGAGCGCCUCGUUCUGCCACCUUCCUGGGCCUCAGCACCACCACCCCCUCAAGCAGGGAUUCCAGGGGUAAGAAGGGGGAGACCAGAAGACACUCGUUUGUUGUGGUCUUGUGCCUAUUUUGAGCCAUCAGAGAAGCUGGGCCAUUUCCAAGUCAAAACAACCUCCUUUUUCUAGUCCAUUCCCAGAACUGGGAGUCUUCUGGGAUUUAGCCUCACAGGGCAGCUGCUCCCCGAAGUGCAGCAACACUUUGCUCAACACCCACUCAUCAGCAUGGCCUCUUCUGGACGCGGUGUUGGGAAUUGGGACUGAAGACAAAGCCUGCAGGAAGCAGAUUGUCCAGAGCAGGAGAUGGACAGAUGUGUAAACUUUUAUUUGAUCCCUCUGGUGUUGGGGCCUAUACUAGCACGUAGUAGGUACUCAUUAAAGGUUACUGAAGGAAUCAGAAAUCAAGUUAUGAGUGCUCAGGGGGUUGGUAAAACAUCACACUCACACACACACACACACACACACACACAGUCAUUCAACAAACAUCUGCUGAGCGCCUACCAGGUGUGGGGUGCUGGGAAUGAAGAGCUGAGAGGAUAGCCCUAGCUCUACCUUCAGAAGGAGAGGCAUUAACAGGAUAAUAAGACACUGGGGACAGAAUCCUUUGGGGUUUCUUGGCCAUUCUGUUGCCUUCGGGGAUUUAUCCUGGUGAGUGCCCACGACUGCUCUCCUGACCCAGAACCUCCUGCAUGCUUCCAGAAGCCUCCGCCGCAUUAGAAAUGCCAGGCACCUUGCAGUCAGUGAGCUGCCGCCAAAAUGGCCUUGGGCAGAACCCUCAAAGGUUCCACUGCUUGAUGAUUACCUUCAAGUCCCGCCAGGGAGACACGUGGGGAGAGGCCUACCUGCUCCUUUCAGGCGGGACGGGAUGCUGGAAUCAAUCCCCGAGUCCCCAGACAACCCCGUCAGUUCCAGUUGAGAAUGGGCUUGCACAAAAUCUCGGAGAAUGAGAGGCAAUAACCUCCCCCUGCUCGAUCCCAUCUCUGCCCCGGUUUUGGCAGAGGGACGCCCGCUCAGGAACACGUGGCCUCCUGGCAUUUCUCAGUAUUUAACUGUGUGUCUUUUCCAAGCCCUAAUGAAAUGACUCGUACAACAAUCUGUCUGUGCCUUAUGAAAGUGUCUGUGCACUUUUUAUCCUUUUUAAAAGCAACGUUAAAAAGUGGGCAAGGGACUAGCAUACAUGGUAGUGUUCUAGAAAUAUGUGCUAAUCACUUAAACCCUUCUGCAUUAUGUUUUUGAUGUAGGAGUGAUAAAGUGUACGUCUCUCAUCCCAUCCCCCCACUACCUGUGUACAGACCUUUUUAAAAAUGUCUCUUAUUCUUAUUUUUCUGAUUCAAUACUGUGACUUCUCCAAUACAAUCUAAUCUUUGGGAAUCUGUAAUAAAGGUUUUAAAACUUGGGGGUGUGGUUGGGGAAGGGUUUGCACUGGUCCCGUGUGUUGUGCUUUGCCUGUUGUGUGUUUUGGUUUUUGUCUAUUUUUAUCUGUUUUAUAUUAACAUAAUUUUUCUGUUUAAAAAACAAAUACAACUUUGGCUUGUUAAAAAAGAAA